GGAGUCUCCUCAUAAAGACACGAAACGUCAGCGCCAGCAAGAAGUUCGGAGAAAGAGCGAGGCAGCCUGGAAACUACGCGGUGCGGUGUCUGAGCGGCAUAGGGGCUUUGUUGGCGUAGAAAACAGUCCAUCGAGUGCCAGGAGAAGAAGGGACCAAAGCAAGGAGGAAAAUGAAGGUGCUGGCUCUUAUGCUGUUCCUGGGGGCCGUUCUCUCUCCAGCCUUCGCUCAGACGGAAGAAUUCCCAGUGGAAGAAGAAGGAAGCCCUGCAGAAGAGGAAGAGGAACUGUUCAAAACUCCCGCUGCUAAGAUGGCUGCUGCAGCUACCAACUUUGGUUUCAACCUUUACCGCCAGCUUGCCUACAAAGACCUCAGCAGCAAUGUCUUCCUAUCCCCCCCUAGUGUGGCUGCUGCUCUGUCUCAACUCUCCUUAGGUUGCUCUCCCUCAACAGAGAAGCAGCUAUACAAGGUACUCCAGUAUCAUCUGCUGCAGGAACCAGAGCUGCACACCACCCUAAAGAACCUGCUGUCUGCUAUCAGUGAUCCAGGAAAAGGUUUUAAGACUGCCGCUCGCAUAUAUCUUGAAAGGAAACUCCGUGUAAAACUGGACUAUCUAAACACUGUGGAGAAGGAGUAUGGGGUACGGCCCAAAGUACUGGUUGGUAAUCCACGAGUUGACCUCAAGGAUGUAAAUGACUGGGUGCGCCAGCAAACCGGGGGGAAGAUUGACCGCUUCCUAUCAGCUAACCUGCCACGUAAUAUUGGGGUACUACCCCUGGGGGCUGCUUAUUUUAAAGGUCAGUGGGUGAAUCGUUUCAGCCAAGGAGGCCGACCCCAAAACUUCAAGGUGGAUGACUUGAGAUCUGUCAGUGUGCCCAUGAUGAGUGAGGAGAGGUAUCCUGUUAAAUUGGGGAUUGAAUCCAAUCUCAGAUGUAAGAUUGCCCAGGUUCCCAUGCAAGGGGAUGUAAGCAUGUUGCUGUUCCUUCCCGAUGAAGUCAGCCAGAACCUUACCCAAAUUGAGGAAAGCCUGAAUGCUGAAUUCAUCCAUGAUAUUGUCACACUCCUACAGCCAGUGGACGUCUCACUGACUCUUCCAGCACUGAAACUGAGCUACACAACUAAUCUGCUCCCCACACUAGCUGACCUGGGUCUACAGCAGUUCAUUUCCACCCCAGAACUGGUGAAGAUCACUUCUCAGCAGGCCAAAGUAAACAGUUUGCAUCAUAAGGUGGCCCUAGAAGUGACAGAGGAAGGCGCUCAGCCACUGAGCAAUAUGGCGAGGGGGCUAUACAUGGCAUUCCACGUUGACCGGCCUUUUAUCUUUGUUGUGAGGGAAGAGACAUCUGGAACCACUCUUUUCAUUGGCAGAGUCAUGAACCCCAGCAAGUUUCAGUCUCUCUGAGGGAGGCAUAGUGAUAUGCCACCUCUGUAUGCUUAAGCACAAGAGCAAUUUAGACACGCACCUGGGUGCACAAU